ACAGAGGGAGGAGCUGAUGAGAACUGUCUCUUCUGUUUUUGACGGCAAACUCAACAUCCUUUUAAGUUUAGCCUCUCUCCUAUGCAAACUCAACAUCCUUAUAAACAAUGCUGCAAUAAGUCUACUAAAGCGAGCCACAGACCAUACUGCUGAGGAUUUCUCAAAUGUAAUGAAUACUAAUAUUGAGGCCCCAUACCAUCUCUCCCAACUCGCAUACCCUAUGCCCAAAGCAUCUGGACUUGGAAAUAUCAUCUUUAUUUCCUCUAUUGCUGGUGUCACGGGUCUACCUGCUAUCUCAGUCUACGCAGCAUCUAAAGGUGCAAUCAAUCAACUUAAAAAGAACUUGGCUUGUGAAUUGGCAAAGGACAACAUUCGCAUCAACACUGUUGCACCGGGGGAGGAUGUCGAAAAAUCCAUAGCGAAGAUGUUCGUGCCGAUGAUGGCUCGAGUUCCUCUUCGUCCCAUUGCUGAACCUAAUGAGAUUUCAGGACUUGUGGCAUUCCUUUGCCUUCAAACUGCUUCAUACAUUACUGGGCAGGUUAUUGUUGUUGAUGGUGGACUUACAGCAGCUGGUUACUAG